AUGGUGAUCUUUCUUUCAGGAAUUAUGUUUUUAUCUGUGAUUGUCCUGAUUCUCUACAGCUUCACUGAAUCUAAAUCAGAGAGUUUAAAGGUGUUUGGUCCAGAAGUUCCUCUUCAUGCUGUAGCUGGUGAAGAUCUGGUUCUGCCCUGUUUUAUCAAACCCAAUACCAGUGCUGUAGACAUGACAGUGAAGUGGUUCAAACUAGAGGCAGGGGUCUCAGCAGUUCAUCUCUAUAAGGAUCAUCAAGACAGAAAUGAAAAGCAAGCGAAGUCCUACAUUGGAAGAACAUCAUUGUUCAAAGAGGAACUACAGAAAGGCAACGCUUCACUUAAACUCUCUGCUAUCCGAGUCUCUGAUGAAGGAGAAUAUACGUGUCUAAUUGAGGAUAAAUCCUGGUCUGAUGACAUUGCUGUUCAUAUCUUUGUCAAGGCUCAUGGAAGUCACCCAGUGAUCACGAUGGAGAGUUAUGAUAAGUCAGGAGGGAUUAAUCUAGUGUGUGAGUCCAGAGGCUGGAACCCUGCACCUGAGGUUUGGUGGCUGGACAGAGAAGGAGACACUCUGCCUGCGGAAGAGACACAGAUACACAGAGACACUGAGGGCUUCAAUCUUAAACGCCGCAUCACUGUUCAUGAUUAUAAUGACUCCAACAGAUUUACCUGUAGAUUUCAACAAGCCAAUCACAUGAUGAAGACAGAGAUCAUCAUUAACAGGAAUGUCUUUCAUUUUUGGAACUGGGUGGUUGGAAUCUCAGGUUUAGCAUACUUGAUUGCUGUUGGAUCGAUUGUAACAACAGUUGUUUGUCUCCAAAAAGAGCAGCAAAGACAAAAGCUGGAAGCUGAAUAUAAAAAGAUGGAGAGGUUUGCAGAACUGCAGAGACAGAGGGUAGAAGAUGAGUUUGUAAAGAAGAAAAAGUGUGCAGUGGAUGUGACUCUGGAUCCUGAUACAGCUCAUUCCAAACUCGUCCUGUCUGAUGAUGGAAAAGAAGUGAGAGAAGGAGACGAGUGGCAGAAUCUCCCUGAUACACCACAGAGGUUUGAUUGGUAUUACUGUGUUUUUGGAAAGCAGAGUUUCUCCUCAGGGAGAUUUUAUUAUGAGGUGCAGGUCAGUGGGAAAACAUGGUGGAGAUUAGGAGUCGUGAGAGAGAACAUUAACAGGAAGGGGAGGAUUACACUGAGACCUGAGUAUGGAGUCUGGACUGUGGAACUGUGGGGUGGGAAUGAUUAUGAAGCUCUUGCUGAUCCCUCUGUCCCCCUCACACUGAGAGAGAAGGUGGAGAAGGUGGGGGUGUUUGUGGAUUAUGACGAGGGUCUGGUCUCCUUUUAUGAUGUGAACUCCAGAUCUCAUAUCUACUCUUUUACUGGUCAGACUUUCACUGAGAAACUCUAUCCAUUCUUCUGUCCUUGUGAUAAUGACAGAGGUAAAAAUGCAGCUCCACUGAUCAUCUCUCCUGUGUGUAACACUGAGUGAAUUUUCAGCUCACAGAUU